AUGACGUGGACGUCAGCACCGGGCACACCCGCCGCAGAGAUCCUGCUCGAGCAGAGCAAGGGGUAUGCCACGAUCGAGUGGGCUGGGAUGGUGGUGGUAGGCGUAUAUGCCUCCCCGAACAGUGGCCUGGUCGCGUUUGAGGUGUUCCUGGACGGGAUUGGCGAUUGCGUGAGACGAUACCUUUCAAGUCAGGUCCUCGUCCUGGGAGACUUUAAUGCUCACUCCUCGCAAUGGGGGCACACAAUGACAGAUGCUCGUGGCCGGGUGCUGUUAGACUGGGCUGCGGACCUCGGGCUCCUCUUACUUAACAGAGGCUCGACCAGUACAUGCGUGGCGUGGAACGGGUGUUUCGUUGUCGAUAUUACAUGGGGUACCCCCAAUGCCUUCCGGCAGGUCUCAGGUUGGAGAGUAGCUGAAGGGGUUGAGACUCUCUCAGACCACCUGUAUAUAUUCGUGGAGGCCGGCCCGGAGACAAACCCCGCGAGAGAGGCCCGCGGCAUUAGGGGAAUUGAACGCUCCCGCCCGCCAUCAAGAUGGCGCCUCAAGGAUAGAAACAACGAGAUGCUCCAGGCAGCAGCCAUCGUCGCGGCCUGGAACUGGGACGCCCGUGCAGAAGAGACAAGCGUGGACAAAGAGGCGGAGAACCUUCGCCGAGACAUGAAAGUGGCAUGUGGUGCGUCAAUGCCCCACUCCGUGCCUGGGGCUAGACAGAACGGUAAUGUGUACUGGUGGACCCCGGAGAUCGCAGAGCUACGGGCGAGGUGCAUUCGGGCCCGGGGGCGGUUCCAUAGAGCCCGCCGUCGGCGUCUUCAUAACGAGGAAGAGAUCUCCCUCUGCUACGAGACAUAUAGAGAGUUGCGACACAGCUUACAGUGGAGAAUCAAGAGCGCUAAAGCGCGAGCCUGGAUGGACCUCGUCCAGUUAGUCGAAUCCGACCCGUGGGGACGGCCGUACAGAAUGGUGAUGAAGAAACUGCGUCCGAGGGCCCCACCACUAACGGCAGAUAUGGAUCCGGCAUUGCUGGAAGAGGUCAUUCGCACACUGUUCCCGCCGCAAGGUUCAGUUUUGGGUCCGAUUCUGUGGAUCAUCGAAUACGACGCGGUGCUUCGUUGCCCCAUACUCCCAGACUCAGGCAUCGUGUGUUACGCGAACGACACAUUGGUCUUGGCCGGAGGAAGCUGGUGGCACGAGACACUGCGUCAUAGAGAACUUGCCGCCGCUUGCAAUGAUACGGGCUAUACGAGGGCUGGGCCUGAAGGUGUCCCUAGCCAAGUCGGAGCCCAUAUGGUUUUAUGA